AUGUUCACCAAGAAGUCCCUCGCUGUCUUUAUCGGAGCUCUGGCUCUGGCUGCGGCCAAGACCACCACUGUUGAGUACCCCACUGAUGCGGAGGUGGAGGCGGCCGCCGCUACCGUGGUUCCCUUGUCUCCUACUUCCAACGUCAAGGGUCGUGCUUUCGAUCGCUUCGUCAACAUCUGGAUCGAGAACACUGACUUCGAUACCACUGCCAGCGAUGCCAACUUUGAGAAGCUCGCCAAGGAGGGCAUCCUCUUGACCAACUACUUUGCCACCACUCACCCUUCGGAGCCUAACUACGCUGCCUCUGCCUGCGGUGAUGACUUUGGCAUGGACAAUGAUGAUUUCCACCAGAUCCCUUCCAAUGUCUCCACCAUUGCCGAUCUGUUCGACACCAAGGGUGUUUCCUGGGGCGAGUACCAGCAGAACAUGCCCUAUGCCGGCUACCAGGGAUACCGCUGGCCGGAGACUGGAGCGAACGAGUAUGUCCGCAAGCACAACCCGCUCGUCCUCUUCAACUCUGUCACCGACUCGGAUACCCGCCCUCUCCAAAUCAAGAACUUCACCAGCUUCUACGAGGAUGUCAAGCACAAGCGUCUGCCCCAGCACAUGUUCAUCACCCCCAACAUGACCAACGACGCCCACGACUCCGAUAUCACCGUCGCUGGCGACUUCCUCGCUGACUUCCUUCCCCCGCUCCUCAAUAAUGACUACUUCUCCAAGGACACCCUGGUCCUCGUCACCUUCGACGAGACCUCCACCUACGCCAAGCCCAACCGCGUGUACUCCAUCCUCCUCGGUGGUGCCGUCCCCUCCCACCUGAAGGGAACUAAGGAUGACACUUUCUACACCCACUACUCCAUUAUCGCCUCCCUCUCCGCGAACUGGGGUCUUCCCUCCCUCGGCCGUUGGGACUGCGGUGCCAACCUGCUCGAUCUCGUUGCCAAGAAGGUCGGCUACACCAACUGGAACGUCGAUAACAUGGACAAGGUCUUCCUCAACCAGACCUACCCUGGUCCUCUCUCUGAUAACGACUACUCCACUUACUCCUCUGCCUGGCCUAUUCCCGCUACUAGCGGCUCUUGCUCUGCUGGUCACGGUAUCCUCGAUACCGUAAAGAAGACUUACCACGGUAAGGCUGCUUCUCACGACUACACCUCUCCUGUUCCUUUCGAUAAGGCCAGCGGUAUCAAUCUUGGUAUCAAGUUCAGCCGUACUGAGAAGGGCAAGAAGGAGACCCGCAUCACUGAGUAA